GAUAAGAGUAGUCAUAUUACAAAGCAGAGAUAAAAGGAGAAAGCAAGAAAUAAUUCAAUUGCUGGUAAAGUAAUACUUUACACAGCAAAUCAUAAUAGGAUGUUAUAUAUAGAAAUAAGAUCAGUCAUUGUUUUCAAGCCUGCUAAAUUAAACCGAACUCUUGGAAUGGCAUACCAUUUGACCUUUUGAAGGUUCUCCAGCAGUAUUUAACUGGUGCAAAAGGAACACACUUGCAAUUGUCUACUUUUGACAUGACAGAUCCUCCUGUUAGUUCACACAAUGUUCAGAAGGCAGAAGUCCCUCGCUUCAGAACGCAAGAAAGAACUAUUUUCCCAAGGAGCUACACGGUUCAUACUGAGGAAUGAUAUGAGAAAUUUUCACUUUUUGUCAAGACUUGUACUAUCAGCGGGCCCUCUAAAACCGACUCCAGCAGUCAAACAUUCAAAAAAAAUUUACUUUGAGAUUGAAAUACUUGAUGCUCAAACAAAGAAACAGAUAUGUAUUCUGGAUAAGGUGACACAAUCAUCUACUAUUCAUGAUGUUAAGCAAAAGUUACACAAAACAUGUCCAAAGUGGUACCCUUCCCGAGUUGGUGUGCAGCUAGAAUGUGGCGGGCCUUUUUUGAAGGACCACAUUACCAUUCAAAGUAUUGCAGCUUCCUCCAUUGUCACACUGUAUGUUACAGACCUAGGUCAACAAGUCAGUUGGACCACAGUAUUUUUGGCUGAAUACACAGGGCCUCUGCUAAUAUACCUCCUCUUUUAUUUGAGAAUCUCAUGUAUAUAUGAUGGAAAAGAGAGUGCUAGAAGACUACGCCACCCAGUGGUACACUUGGCUUGCUUCUGUCAUUGUAUACAUUACAUCCGAUACCUUUUGGAAACCUUAUUUGUUCACAAAGUUUCUGCAGGACAAACAACAUUGAAAAAUUUGAUAAUGAUUUGUGCCUUUUACUGGGGAUUUACUUCUUGGAUCGCCUAUUACAUUAAUCAUCCACUGUAUACACCACCAUCAUUUGGAAACAGGCAAAUCACAGUAUCUGCUAUCAAUUUUCUGAUGUGUGAAGCUGGGAAUCAUUUCAUCAAUGUAAUGCUGUCUCAUCCCAAUCACACAGGAAACAAUGCCUGUUUCCCAAGUCCAAAUUAUAACCCCUUCACAUGGAUGUUUUUCUUGGUUUCAUGUCCUAACUACACCUAUGAGAUUGGAUCAUGGAUUAGUUUCACAGUCAUGACACAAACACUGCCAGUUGGAAUUUUCACACUUCUGAUGAGUAUCCAGAUGUCUUUGUGGGCACAAAAAAAACAUAAGAUUUAUCUGAGAAAAUUCAAUUCAUAUAUUCAUAGAAAAUCAGCAAUGAUUCCAUUUAUAUUGUAAAAAAUAUCUUCUAUAGAAAACGGCAAUAUGCAAAUUCAAUAAUCAAGACUUAGUUAAGGAUAGUUACCUAUUAUAUUCUAACAAUUCAUGAGCAACAGUAUUUUUACUAAGUAAAAAUAAGAAUAAAAUUUUACUAAAUUUAUAGUAAUACACAAGGUAAUAAAAAGCAAAAAUUACAAAUACAAUUAACUAAGAACAGCUCUCAAUAUAUAUACAUGGGAUGGGUCCUUAAAUAAAAUUGUCUUCAGUAAUACUUCACAAUACUAUUUGCAUAAGACAAUUAAAAUAUCACUGCAAAAACCAAAUCUGAUUUAAAAAUGAAAAUGUAAUCUGAAUAGACAUUUCUCAAAAGAAGAUCUAGAUACGGCCAAUAGUGUAUUUUAAACAUGAUGAAGAUUCAGAAAAAAGUGAACUCUUAAACACUGCUGGUGGGAAUGUAAACUAGCACAGCCACUGUGGAUAACAGUAUGAAGUUUCUUCAAAAAUUACAAAUAGAACUAUCAUAUGAUGCAGCAAUACUACUACUGGACAAAGGAAAUUUGUGUUUUAAAGAGACAUUUGCACCCUAUGUUUACUGCAGCACUAUUCACAAUAGUCAAGAUAUAGAAACAACCUAGGAGUCCAACAAUAGAUGAAUGGAUAAAGAAAAUGUGGUAUAUAUAAACUAUGGAAUACUAUGCAAUCAUAGAAACGGAAUUCCUGUCAUCAGGACAACAUGAACGGAACAGGAGGACAUAUAUUAAGUGAAACAAGCCAGGAACAGAAAGUUAAACAUUGCAUGUUAUCACUUAUACGUAGAAGCUAAAAAAAUUGCUAUCAUAGAAGUAAAACAUAGAACAGAGGAAACUACAGAUUGGAAAGCUAGGGUCAAAGGGAGAUUAGCAAGAGAUUUGUUAAAGGAUACAAGGUUACAGCUUGGUCGGAGGAAUUUCUGGUGUUCUAUACCACUGUAGGAUGGCUAUAGUUAAAAGUAAUAUAUUCUAUAUAGUUUCAAAUAGCUAAAAGGAGAUUUUAUGUCCAACACAAUGAAAUGAUAACUGUUUGAAACCAUGGAUACCCUAAUUACUCUGAUCUGAUCACUAUAAAUUAUAUGUAUUGAAACAUUAUUAUGUAUCUCCCCAAAAUGUUCAAUUCUUAUGUGACUUAAAAAAUAAAAUUUGAUUUAAAAAGUAUCUGAAUUCUAAAGUAAAUAUUUUUAAAUAUAUUGACAUUUAAAUUACUUGAAUCCCACAUUAUGUUGACAAUAAUUUAAUUAUUUUAUUGUUUGAUCUGUUAGGGAGAUGUGUCAUAGUUAUUAUGUCAUUAGUUCGAAUCCUUGUGAAAAUUAUAUCUGUAUUAAAAUUAAAAUAUAUUUAUUAAUUUGUGUAUCUUAUUUAUUAACUAUAUAGACAUUGUAUGCUAUCAUGUUGGAAUUUACAAUUAAAAUAUUUUUUAUAUAUGAUUGUUAAUUAUUUCUGAAUAUUUAAUUUGAAAUAUAUGUUUACUUUUAUAUGUAAAUUAUAUUUAUAUCUUCUGAAAUAUAUUUCAAAAGAUGUGUCUAUAUACUUGUGUUUAUGUAUAUGUAUAUACCCACAUAUAUACACACACACACAUACACACACACACACACACAUACAUAUAUGUAUAUUUCAAAUGGAUUCUAUGCACUUGCAAAGGGAAAGUACAUUGGUAAUUUGAGGACAUUAAGAGUAAAAAUUUUUGUUUUUUUUACAUCUUUAAAUAUCUAUGUUCUCUGAAAGUGUGUGUGUGUGUGUGUUUGUAUAUGAGCAUACAUACAUACUUAAGAAAGAGAUGGCCUAUAUAAAUCAAAGUACACAUUAUUUAAAAUAUUUAAAAGAAGUUUUCAAUUUCUUCAUUUUUAAAUUGUGAUUCUUUGGAUUUGUUAGCCUGUGGAGCAUUUUCAGUUCUCAGAUUACACAUAUGUAAUAAAAUAUGCUCA